CUAGCAAUCCCUCAAGUCUCAGCAGAGGCUCUGUGAGCUGCCACCACCCUGCACCCUCCCUCCUUCCAUCCGAACUGUGCGUCCCUGCAGUCUGCCUCAUGGAGCCUGUCAACAGGACAGUGGCCUCUGAGUUCCUCCUGAAGGGAUUCUCAGGUUACCCAGCUCUGGAGCACCUGCUCUUCCCUCUGUGUUUAGCCAUGUACCUGGUUACCCUGCUGGGGAACAUGGCCAUUGUGGCAGUAAGUGCGCUAGAUGCCCGCCUGCACACACCCAUGUACUUCUUCCUGGGGAACCUCUCCAUCUUGGACAUCUGCUACACAUCCACUUUUGUGCCCCUGAUGCUGGUCCACCUCUUGUCGUCCCAGAAGACCAUCUCCUUUAUUGGCUGUGCCAUCCAGAUGUGCCUGAGCCUGUCCACGGGCUCCACAGAGUGCCUGCUGCUCGCCAUCAUGGCCUACGACCGCUACCUAGCCAUCUGCCGGCCACUCAGAUACCCCAUGCUCAUGAGCCACCAGCUCUGCUUGCUGCUGGCGGGAGCAGCCUGGGCACUCUGCCUCAUCAAGUCAGCGACUGAGACGGUCAUCGCCAUGAAGCAGCCCUUCUGCGGCCACCGUGUGGUCAGCCACUUCACCUGUGAGAUCCUAGCAGUGCUGAAACUGGCCUGCGGAGACACGUCGGUCAGUGAGGCCUUCCUGCUGGUGGGUGCCAUCCUGCUGCUGCCCGUGCCCCUGGCUCUCAUCUGCCUGUCUUACGCACUCAUUCUAGCCACUGUCUUGAGGGUGCCCUCGGCUGCAGGGCGUCGCAAAGCCUUCUCCACCUGUUCAGCACACCUGGCUGUGGUGCUGCUUUUCUACAGCACUGUCAUCUCCAUGUACAUGAAGCCCAAGAGCAAGGAGGCCCACAUCUCUGACGAGGUCUUCACGGUCCUCUACGCCGUGGUCACACCCAUGCUGAACCCUGUCAUUUAUAGCCUGAGAAACAAGGAGGUGAAGGAGGCUGCCAGGAAGGUGUGCGGCAGCAGGCAAGGCUGCAAGUGGGGUGGGCAGGGCUCUGAAAGGAAGUGAGGCCGUCAAUGCCCGCAUCAGUGUGGUGCCGGGCACAGGGCUACAGGGACUUCAUCCCAGAAAGGCAACACCAAGCUCAACUAAUUCUGCCGCCGAAUAGCUCGCAAAUCCCCCUUUGCUCUUCGUCCUGCUGUGGUCCAGGCCCAA